CAGACGCAUGCGCAGUUAUGAAAAUCCACGUGAUUUCUUCAGAAAGUUGUUAUGACGGAAAAGACAACUAGAAACUGGAGUUUAAUUUAGUAAUACAAACUAAGAGAAACGCAGUGAAAAUGGCGUUGGAAAUGUUCAGGAAAGAAGAGACUCUUGCAAUGAGAAAGAAACUGAUUGGGCAGUCUUGCAGACUCUUCUAUUCAGACGAUCCCGUGAAGAUAGUCAGAGCCAGAGGACAGUAUUUGUAUGACGAAAAUGGCAAGCGGUACUUGGACUGUAUCAGCAACGUUCAGCACGUGGGUCACUGUCAUCCCAGCAUCACACAAGCAGCCACGACGCAGAUGGAGCUUCUGAAUGCCAAUUCGCGCUUCCUUCACGACAAUAUAGUUCAGUAUGCCGACCGCCUCGCUGCCACUCUGCCCGACAAGCUGCGUGUCUUCUAUUUUGUCAACUCAGGCUCAGAGGCCAAUGAUCUGGCACUACGCUUGGCCCACCAGUACACCCAACAUGAAGACGUCAUUGUGCUUGACCAUGCAUAUCAUGGGCACCUGACUUCGCUCAUCGAUAUCAGUCCAUACAAGUUCCAGAAGCUGACAGGACAGAAAGAGUGGGUUCACGUGGCACCCAUACCAGACAUCUAUAGAGGUAUAUUCAGAGAGGACCAUCCCAACCCAGCCCAGGCAUAUGCAGAUACUGUGAAGGAUGUGAUAGACAAGGUGCACCAAAAAGGUCGCAAGGUUUCUGCAUUUUUUUCUGAGUCCUUGCCCAGUGUUGGAGGCCAAAUCCUCUUGCCCAAGGGAUACUCAACUAAAGUAGCAGAAUACGUGCGCUCUGCAGGGGGAGUGUUUGUGGCAGACGAGGUGCAAACAGGUUUUGGGCGUGUGGGGAGCCAUUUCUGGGCCUUCCAGCUGCAGGGUGAUGAUUUUAGCCCUGACAUAGUGACUAUGGGCAAGCCGAUGGGCAACGGACAUCCCCUGUCAUGUGUAGCAACCACAGCGGAGAUCGCUGGGGCCUUCACAGCCAACGGAGUGGAGUACUUCAAUACAUUUGGCGGUAACCCAGUGUCGUGUGCCAUCGGCCUGGCUGUCCUGGACGUGAUUGAGAAGGAGGACCUGAGGGGGAACUCCUCAAGAGUAGGAGGACACCUAUUGGACCGGCUGAGACAGCUACAGACCAAACAUCCAAUCAUUGGAGAUGUCCGUGGAGUGGGGCUGUUUGUGGGCUUGGAGAUGGUCACCGACAAAGAACAGAGGACCCCAGCUACAGACGCAGCAGCGCAAGUUGUCAGAAGACUGAAAGAGGAGUAUAUCUGUGUCAGUACAGACGGCCCCUGGGAGAACAUUGUCAAGUUUAAACCUCCCAUGUGCUUCAGUAUGGAGGAUGCAGACUUGGUGGCAGACAGGAUACACCACAUUCUCACAGACAUGGAGCGCAGUCAUCAAAAACUGGACAGUGAAGAUUUAAGACUAACUGGAGUCAUCUUGGAGGAAGACAAGGGAAGGAAUGCAGAAGUAUUCAACACAACCAAUCUCACAGAUCCAUACCACAAUUAAGGAUAAUUUUUUUUUUUAAAUCAUUAAGAUUACACUACUAGAUCUAACAGCACAAGAAUGGUUUGUGACAAUUCAUGAAGUGGAAUUAGUGACUGCUUUUGAUUCUGCAUGAGGGACAUAAGAGAAGCAGUGACAUAUGCAACAGAAAGGCAAUCGAUUUGUACUAUAACACAAUGUACAUAUGAAUUUAUCCUCCUCGCAUUUAUACUUCCCUGUGGAAAUACAGUGCAUUCGGAAAGUAUUCAGACCCUUUGACUUUUUCCACAUUUUGUUACGUAACAGCCUUAUUCGACAAUGGAUGAAAUCCUCAAUCUACAUACAAUACCCAAUUUUGAUAAUUUAAAGAAAAUUAAAAAACAAAUACAUUAUUUACAUAAGUAUUCAUACCCUUUGCUAUGAGACUCGAAAUUGAGCUUAUGUGCAUCCUGUUUCCAUGAAUAAACCUUGAGAUGUUUCUACAACUUGGAGUCCACCUGUGGUAAA